AUGACCUGUAGCUGCAGCCCCGUGGGAACUCUUCCUGGAGGAAAUCCCUGCGACAGUGAAACAGGAAGUUGCUUCUGUAAACGUCUGGUGAUGGGACGAGACUGUGACCAGUGUGUGGCUGAACACUGGGGUCUCAGUAACGAUAUGGACGGAUGCAGACCAUGUGACUGUGACCUUGGAGGAGCCGUCAACAACCAGUGUGAUCAGGUGAGCGGUCAGUGCGUCUGCAGAGAUCACAUGUUCGGUCGACGCUGUGAUCAGGUCCAGUCUGGAUUCUACUUCAUCGCUCUGGAUCACUACACCUAUGAGGCCGAGGACGCCAAGUUUGGACCUGGAGUGACGGUGGUGCCACGACCCCACCCUCUGGACCGCAGUCCCACCUGGACAGGUAUCGGCCUGGUCAAUGUCCCAGAGGGGGCCUUCCUGGAGUUCUCCGUGGACAACAUCCCCCACUCCAUGGAGUAUGACAUCAUCAUCCGCUACGAACCUCAAUUGCCCGACCAAUGGGAGGAGGUUCUGAUGACAGUUAUGAGACCUGGACCAAUCAGAGCAGACAGUCGCUGUGUCAACACGGUUCCCGACGACGACCACCAGAUGAUCUCGCUUCAUCCCGGCUCACGGUACGUGGCUCUUCCCAGACCGGUUUGUUUUGAAUCUGGUCUGAACUACACGGUCCGCCUCAGCCUGCCGCUGUACUCAGCCGUCAGCGACGUCCAGUCUCCGUACACGCUCAUCGACUCGAAUGCCAGUGUGAUCUCCCCCUUUGUGUUUGGACUCUGUUUCCCAGAAUGCCAGUGUGACCCCCAGGGCUCCCUGAGCACGGUGUGUGACCCCAGCGGGGGUCAGUGCCGGUGUCGGCCCAACGUGGUCGGCAGGAACUGUGACCGCUGUUCUCCGGAUACCUUCCAGUUCGGCCCCAACGGCUGCAGAGCCUGUGCGUGCGACCCUCAGGGCUCCCAGAGUUCGUUAUGCGAUCAGCUGACUGGUCAGUGUGUGUGUGUGUCCGGGGCGUACGGGCGGCAGUGUGAGCGCUGUCUGCCGGGUCACUGGGGCUUCCCCACCUGCCGCCCCUGCUCCUGCAACGGGCACGCCGGCGAUUGCCAAGCCGACACGGGGCGCUGCCUCGACUGCAGGGACCACACCACCGGGCACACCUGUGACAGGUGUCUGGAUGGUUACUAUGGCAACCCGGUGUUGGGGUCAGGUGACCACUGUCGCCCCUGCAUGUGUCCCGACGGCCCCGACAGCUCGCGGCAGUUUGCAGGAAGCUGUUACCGUAGCGACGACUCCCAGCAAGCUGUCUGUGUCUGCAACACCGGAUUCAGGGGGGCUCGCUGUGACGAGUGCUCCCCUGGUUACUAUGGAAACCCUGGCGAGGUGGGGGGGCAGUGCCAGCCCUGUCAAUGCAACAACAACAUCGACGUGCUGGACCCCAAGUCCUGCGACCCCCGCACCGGCGAGUGUCUGCGCUGCCUGCACCACAGCGAUGGCCCCGCUUGCCAGACCUGCAGGCCGGGUUACUACGGCAACGCCCUGCUACAGGACUGCAGCAAGUGCUCCUGUACCCGGCUGGGCACUGAGCCCUCCAGCUGCCCCCCAUCCGGGGACUGUGACUGCGAGCGCAGCAGCGGGCGGUGUCGCUGCCUCCCCAACGUGACGGGGCCGCACUGCGACCGCUGCGCCCCCGACACCUGGAACCUGGCCAGCGGCCGCGGGUGUCAGACCUGCGACUGCAACGCCGAGCACUCUUACGGGACGUCCUGCAAUGAGGUCAGCGGUCAGUGUUCCUGUCGGCCCGGCUUCGGAGGAAGAACCUGCAGCGAUUGCAGAGAACUGUUCUGGGGGGACCCCAAGGUCCAGUGUCACGUGUCACGGGUUAGCCCUAAACCUGAUUCAGGUGAUGUGAAGUGA